UUAUUAGAAAAGAAUAUUCUCAAUAUAUAUUGAAUAAUCCGCUAUGUCUCUAUCGACAAUGGAGGAACAUUGCGAAGAUGAUGUGAUUUUUUUCGCUGAAAACGAUCCUGUCUUGCAGGUGGAGUAUGCUGAGGAGAUGUCCCGGAUGGCUCCCCUAGCAGUGGCUUUAUGUGCGAGGCACUGCAUUGUGAUUGGUGUGGAGAAGAAAACGGAGUCGCAUUUGCAGAAUAGAAUGCCACAGAAAAUUUCAAUGCUGGACGACAACAUUGCAAUCACUUUUUCGGGCCUCAUAGAGGAUGCCAAGGUGAUCAUCAGUCGCGCCCAGGCCGAGUGUCUGAGCCAGAAACAAAAGGGCGAGUGUCCUGUAAGCACGCUCUCCAUUUCACGAUAUAUUGCCGAGCUGAAGCAAACAUAUGUGCAGUGCGUGGAGCCGGCUCCGCUGAGCCUCUCAUGCCUGAUCUGUGGCUUCGAUGAGGACGGAGAGUCGCGUAUUUAUCAAACCGAUCCCUCGGGCAAUUACUUCGAGUAUGCGGCCUGUGCCAUCGGACGUGGUUCCCAGAUUGCCGGCGACAUUUUGCAGCAAGCGUCGCCAGCCCUCAUGACCGAUGAGCCCUCGGCCAUCCAGUGGGCUCUACGCCUAUUGAUGUCGGCCGCCCAUCUGAGUGGCGACAAUAUCGAUGUGGCUGUCCUCAAGUACAAAGAGCCGUUGCGAAUAUUGGACAAAGAGUCUCUGGCCCCAAAAAUAGUCGCAGCCCAGCACGAAAUUGAAGAGGAAACGAAGGCCAAGCAGCACUUAUUUAUUUAAAUUGAAACUAAAGUCAGCAAUAAUUUUGAACAAAUAGUAGUGUAAUGAAUGGUCGGUUUAAAAGUGAAAAAGGAAAGUCUUGAUUGUGUUCAUUCCAAUGCACAAUAACUAAAAUAUAGUUAUUUAUUAUACGUAAUUGAAAAACAAA